AUGAAUCAAACGCCUCAAGAACCAGAUUUCCCUUUGAAUCCUUUGGUUCACUCUACUAAAAUACAUGAAGCACCAUUUUUUCAAGAUCAAUUUAAUGCCAUGAAACAAGUUGAUCCUAUCCAUAGUAACAACAAUUAUCCCAGUUAUCCUAACAACGGUAUGGGUAAUACUGGCAAUAGUAACAUUGCUUAUGGUAACAUAAAUAAUGGUAACAUAUAUAUGAGUAAGGUAAGGACCGGAAGAGAGAUGGAGAUACCAAAGGAAUAUCCUUUUGAUUUAGAAUAUGUCAUGAAACAAGAAGACUAUGUAAAUAGAUUGAUGGGGCCCGGUAUGAUAUCUCCAAAGGAAUUAGAUGGCCAACCUCAAAUCUCACAGCAAGGUCAACAUCAACCUCAACAACAAAUGCAUCAACACUUCCAACAACAGCCACAACAGCAACAGCAACAGCAACAGCAACAGCAACAACAACAAACUAAUUUUAUGUCGCAGCCAACUGUCCUACCUCAACCAAUGACAAUGCCAUUUCAACAUUCAAUUCUUCCAUUUCCUACUAGUAGACCUGGUACUGGAAAUAACAGUCCAUUAACGACAAUGCCAAUUGGUGUGUCAAACAACUACCAUUUAAAUAAUGAUAGAAAUUUCCUUCACAGCAAUAAUAACAGUAACUUGAGUGUAAACUCUCAAAUGAGCAAAGUUACCAAUAUGAAUGGAUUGAGUAAUCUCAAUAGUAACAUUAGCAUGAAUUCUUUAACUGCAUUAAAUAACAUGAACAGUAAUCUCACCCCAAUACCAAACUUUGGACAACCAAGUACGCCAAUGAAAGUUCCAUUGCUACAACAAUUAUACAUGGACGAAGAAUUGAUGGAGCAUAUAAGCAAAAAGCAAAAAAGAGGAUAUUAUAAAUGUACACAUUGUCCAUCUACAUAUCCAAAUGUAUUUGAAUAUGCAAAGCAUAUGGAUCAAUAUAAUAUCACAAGAGCUUAUAAAUGUCCAUUUAAAUUGUGUCCUUGGAAAAUUUUAGGUCUCCCUCGUAGAUCAGAUUUAAGAAGACAUUGUGCCAUUCAACAUAAGGAUGAACUUCCAAAUAAAUUAAAGGAAGAGUUGAACCUGAACGAUGAAAUGUAUCCUGUUCUUCACUGUCCCUCCGAAUAUUGUGACAAAGUGUUUAUCAGGAGGGAUUCUUAUAACAGACAUGUGAGUAUAGUACAUGAAAAGAAAAGUUCAAGAUUCAAUAAGAGAUUGGUUCAAAUUCUAGCAGACUGUCCAAAGUUUGACAACGAUAAGGACAGAAUAAGUUAUGUUAAUUUGAAAAUGAGAAACUUUAAGAAAAAAUCUAAUUCAAUCAAAAAAGACUAG